AUGGUUAAAUCAUACCAGAGGUUCGAACAAGAAGCCUCAUUUGGCGUAAUCACAUCAACCUCAUCCUCAGUUUGGAUUCCACCACCAGUGUCCCUUUCCUCAGUUAAUGGCUCUGUUGGACAACUAGUUACUGGUGCAUUAGAAGAGAUUAAAGUUUGGGAUAUAAAAACUGGAGAAUUAUGUCGAGUUUUCAAGGAUGAUGGUGCCCCAAUUGGAAGCAUUGAUUCCAAGUCUUCCAAGCCUGCACAAACGACAUCGAUUGCUUACCAUCCAGACUCUAAAUUAGUAGCCUGUGGAUAUAGUGAUGGUAUGAUCCAAGUUUGGGAUUGGUUAUCUAAAAGUGUUUUAAUUAAAUUUAGUGGCCAUAAAACUGCGAUUUCUAUUUUAAAAUUUGACGAAACUGGCACUAGAUUGUAUUCUGGAUCCCAUGACUCAAAUAUUAUUGUUUGGGAUUUGGUAGGGGAAGUUGGGUUGUAUAAACUAAGAUCGCAUAAAGAUUGCAUUACUGGGCUGUAUUUGGAUCCGAGAAACGAAAAUUGGUUAAUAAGUACAAGUAAGGAUGGAUUAAUUAAAGUUUGGGAUUUGAAAAGUCAACAGUGCGUUGAAACACACAUGGCACAUACCACUGAAUGCUGGUCCUUGAGCGUUAAUUUAGAAUUGGGGCUUGCCGUUACGGGAUCCACUGACUCCUCAUUAAAAAUCUGGAGUUUAGAUUUGGAAACUGGAAAGGAAGGAUUGAAAAUAAAGGAAGAAUUUGUUUUAGAAAAACAAAGUAAACAACGUGCCAUUGAUAUUGAUUUUACCACAAAUGCAGAUGGUGUAAAAUUUUUCUAUGUAUUGAACUCUGAUAAAACAAUUGAAAUUUUUAGGAUUAGGCCUCAAGAUGAAAUAAAUAAAGCGUUGAAAAAAAGGGAGAAGAGGUUAAGAGAAAAAGGUUUAGAUGAGGAGGAGAUUCAAGUUUCCAUUCAAAGCUCCAGAAAAAGCAUGUUAAUCCAUUCAUUUUUUGUUGUUAGGUCCAGUAUGAAGUUAAAGUCGUGCAACUGGGCACUUAUCAGCUCAUCAAAGUUAGAUUUAGCGGUUACAACUGCAAACAAUACCAUUGAAUAUUACUCAGUUUUAUAUCAACGGAAAGAUGUUAAAGUUCAAACAUCCUCUCCUAAGAUAUAUACAGUUGAUUUGCCCGGCCAUAGAACAGAUAUUCGUUGUAUGAGUGUAAGCAACGAUGGAAAAAUUUUAUGUACUUGUUCUAAUGGGUUGGUUAAAAUUUUCAAUACCAAAACGCAUCGUUGCCUACGUACUUUUGAAUGUGGUUAUGCAUUAUGUUGUAAAAUUCUACCUGGUGGGGUAUUGGCCAUUGUGGGCACAAGGAACGGUGAAUUGCAAUUAUUUGAUUUGGCUAGUUCCACCAUGCUGGUUAAUUUAGAAAACGCGCAUGAGGGUGCGAUCUGGUCGUUGGAUAUCACUAGUGAUGGCAGUAAACUAGUUACUGGUUCAGCAGAUAAAAAAGUUAAAUUUUGGAAAUUUGAAAUCGAAGAAAAACUUGUGGAAGGAAGCACCAACAAAUACGUACCACAAAUGAGUUUAUCUCAUGAAACAACUUUAGAGAUGACUGAUGAUAUUUUGUGUGUUAAACUGUCCGUGGAGGAUAAGUACCUAGCGGUUUCUUUGCUAGACAAUACUGUGAAAGUUUUCUAUUUUGACACUAUGAAGUUCUACUUGAGUUUAUAUGGUCACAAGUUACCUGUAUUAAGUAUUGAUAUUUCAGAUGAUUCUAAAAUGAUUGUUACAUCAUCUGCAGAUAAGAAUAUUAAGAUUUGGGGGCUUGAUUUUGGUGACUGUCAUAAAUCUUUGUUUGCUCAUCAAGAUUCCAUUAUGUGUGUUAGAUAUUUACCCAAUAGUCACAAUUUUUUCAGUUGUAGUAAAGAUGGUGAUAUUAAAUACUGGGAUGGUGAUAAGUUUGAAAUGAUCCAGAAAUUAAGCGCACAUCAAAGUGAAGUUUGGUAUUUGGCCGUUCAACCGGAUGGCUCUAAAUUGUAUUCGUGUUCACAUGAUCAUAGUAUAAGGAUUUGGGCUGAAACAGAUGACCAAGUUUUCCUUGAGGAAGAAAGGGGGAGAGAAAUGGACGAACUUUAUGAAGAAAACUUAUUAAACUCGUUGGAAGCUGAUGAAAAUAAUUUGAUUAAACCCACUGAAGAGGAUGAACAAGAGGAUAUCGAAAUCUCAGAAGUCCAUAAACAAACAUUAGAAUCGUUAAAAGCUGGUGAAAAGUUGAUGGAAAGUUUGGAUUUGGGAGUAACAGAAAUAGAAGCUUGGGAAAAGUACGAGGUAACAAGGAAAAAUUGGGAAAAGCAAAAAAAUGGGGAUAGCAUUAGCACUGUAUCCGAGCCAGUCAAACCGCGGCCUAAUGCCAUAUUGGUAGCUUUGAAUAAGACACCUCAGGACUAUAUUCUAGACACAUUGGUAAGAAUCAAACCGUCGCAAUUGGAAGAUGCUUUAUUAGUUUUACCCUUUUCGUAUGUUUUAAAAUUUUUAAAAUUUAUUGACUAUUAUAUCAGCAAUAGUUAUAAUAGUAACGAUAAGAGACUGUUGGUACAAUAUUUAGGUUUACUUUGCAAAAAUUUAUUUUUUGUUAUUAAAUGCAAUUAUAAAGAAUUAAUUUCACAGAAAAACCCGGCAUUGAAGUUGCAAAUCACUAGGGUUAAGGAUAAUUUAAGAAAGGCUUUGAAGCAAAAUGUUGAUGAUUUAGGCUUUGAUCUACAAGGGUUAAGAAUAAUGAAGCAAGAGUGGGAUUUGAAACAUAAUUUAGAAUUUGUUGAUGAAUAUGAACAGAGAGAAAACGAAUUGAAAACAUCUAAAAAGAGAAUUUUUGAAAAUAUAGUUUAG